AUGGUUGGAGUCAAACACGGUCGCCAAACUCUCGUUUUUCUCAGUGCUAUCAACUUUUUGACGGGCGAAGUGCUUAUAAGUCGCUAUGUUAAUCCAUCUGAAAAGGUGCUUGAUUGGAGAUAUGAGUUCAGUGGCGUGACACAGACUAUCAUGACUAGCGCCGUUGCGUCUGGUGCAGCAUUUAAAAACUGGCGAGAGGCACGCGAUAGAUUGUGGGAGUUUAUGGAUGAUUCAACCGUGUUGGUUGGCCAUUCUCUCUACUAUGACCUUGAAGUACUAGGCAUGUCUCAUACUAAAAUUGUCGAUUCGGCAAUAUUGGUUGCUGAGAGUGUUUUCCCUUCCAUCCCGUCAACGAGGCCAUUGACCCGUCAGUGGGGGUUGAAAACACUUGCAAAGGACUUUUUGGGGUUGGACAUACAGAAGAGUGAUCGCGGGCAUAAUGCUUUGGAGGAUGCAUAUGCAACUCGGAACGUUGUCAUCUGGUGUAUCAGGAACCCGGAAGAUCUUAAAGUAUGGGCCGAAAAGGCUCGACUCCAGGAAGAGCAGAAGCGACAAAGAAAUGGUAAAAGCAAGUCCAAGGGCAAGUUCCGUGCCCAGUAUUCUCCAAAUUGGGAAGAUGAUACGUCACUCGACGAUGAGCCGGAUAUUCGACUUUCAGAUCUCGCGGAGGACCUUGACUGGCCUGAAGGAUAUGAUCCUUGGUCUGAUUGA